AUGAUGAUGACUCAGGACAGAGCAAAUCACCCUCUAGCUACAUCAACAUCUCCAAGGAACCUCAAUCCUUCAGCACCUGCCUUCCGUCAGGGCCAGGCUGCUCCCACCUCCCCACAGAAUCUCAACCCAUCAGCACCAGCGUUCCACCAUUCUCCAGGAGGAGAGAAGUCUCCCACGGAUGGUUCCUACCUAGGGGCAGAUACAAGGACACCAGGUCUGUUGACUAAUGGAGAUGUUAGCGCCAACGGCACAAACUUUAUGGUGCCGUUCGCUGGGAGCAAUGCGGGGAUGCCUUCUGGAGCUGGGGCACACCCGGCCCAGGGCCCACAAAGCACUGCACCCAUGGGGCUGGCUGUAGCCCCGCGUCCCUUGUUGACGGCCAGCCCCCAGAGCAGCCUUCAGCCUGUGGCAACCACGCAGCAGCAGCAGCCUGGCUGUGUCAUGGGUGUGGCAGAGAGUUUGGGCGGCCAGCAAGUCCAGCAGCCAGUUGAAGCCUCCAGCCAGAAUCUGCUGCCAAGUGAAUACGAGUACCCGGAUGAAGUUCUUGCACCUAUUAGGAAGCAGAUGCAGUUUUAUUUUUCAAAUGAAAAUCUUCCAAACGACAAGUUCCUCAACCAACAUAUGGACUCGGACAAGUUCAUUCCCUUGGAGCUGUUCCUGGACUUUGGCCGAAUCAAACCAAUCUGCAACAGCCUGGAUCAGCUAAUGCAGGCUGUUGAAUCGAGCUCCAUUCUGGAACUUUCUGAAGAUCGUAAAAGAGUCAGGGUAUCCCAGUGCCGUAAAACCCUAACCUUAAGAGGUUUCCCAGUGUCUGCAACCGAAGAAGACGUGCGUCAGUUUAUUCUGGAGAUGGGAGCAGCUGUGCCGACACACAUAGAGUUUGUGAUGUACAAGGAGAACUAUUCGGUCUGGUACGUCAGCUUCAAGGAUGAGACGGCAGCCCUUAACAGCUUCUUCCAGUUUCACAACCAGAAGGCGGUCUACAAGGAUCACAACAUUGGGUGUUGCAUCAAGUCCUCAGGAACGCUAGCAGCAGCCGGAUACUUCCCAUCAUCCGAAGAAUCCAAUCAGCGCAGGAUGGCUCAUCACAGCCAGGCCGCAGCAGCUGCUGCAGCGGUGGCAGCAGCCCCAGUUCAUACAGUGCAGAGUGCAAUUGCACAGCCACAGCCUCAACAGCCGCAGGCUCUGAUGCAGCCAUUUAGCACCAUGCAACUUCAUUCGUACAUGGCAGGCUCGCCAGCUGGAAUUUAUUACCAACAGACACCCCAGGGCCCCUACAUGGGGCCAUACAUGACAGGAAUGAUCCAGAGCUGGCCCACACCCACACCGGCCAUGGACCCUGGAUUAAUUAUGCAAAACAAUGGACUCCAGCCACAGCAUGUACGAACACCUUUGUCUAGACCACAUCUGAUUCCUACAGGUGCAGGUGCUCAGCAUCGCUUUAAUAACAGACCUCAACGUAUGCGACAGAACAAUCUAGAACGGAGUGCUUCAGAACGCCCCAGCGAACGACCCCCGGUUGUGUCAGUGACCGGAUCAUCAAGAUCCAGCCCUCGAGGUAUUGAAGGCAGCGCACCAGUUGCUGUUGCUGCACAGGGGGCGUAUCUGCCACGCCGCACCACCGGCCGAGAGGAUAUAACUCCACAGGGGAUGUCCCAACAACAGUCUGUGGCUCAUCACUUUGUCACUCCUCUUGUGACCCCGCAGCAGCAGCAACACCUGGCAUCAUCUUCAUCUUCUGCGGCAAUGGUUGGCCAGGUGGCUAUGGAGCCGAUGGUUAUGCCACACUACCAGGCAGCGCCCCAGCACCACCAACAGUCGGUCAUCGUGCACACUGCCCCAGCUCAUCCUUCCGCAACACCACAGACCACCAGCAAUCCUCCACCUCCCAGCGCCCAACAACAGAUGCAUCAUCACCACCACAGCCUGCCGCCUCCGAUGUUGCCCCAGCAGCAACACCACCACCAGCAGCAACAGCAAAUGGUGCACCACCACCAACAGCAGCAACAUCACCAGAACCAUCACCCGGCGGCCCAGCACAGUAGUCAGCACCAUCAGCAACCGUUGCCGCCGCCACCACAAACUCUCCACCACCAGCAGCAGCCGCAACAGGCUGUUCACCAGCACCACCACUCGCAUCCAAAUCAACACGGCGUGAUGGCCACCCACCAUCAGCAUCACCACUCCCCCCAACAACAGCAUCAUCCAGUACCUCCUUCACAGCUACACCAUCAGCAGCAGCAUCAGCAACCACCACUGAGCAACAAUCGCACAGAGAGAAGAGGCAGAAGGAAAAGGGAAGAUAGUGUCAGAAAUCAGCGCUCAGAGCGGAACCAGUCAAAUAGAGCCAGCUUUGGUUCUCAAACUCCAGCAGCCGCUGACAACUUUACUAUGGAGGCCAAUUCUUUUCCUCCUCUACCUGGAGCAUUA